CCGCUCGCUCGUUGUUGUCUCUCCGUUCGCUCACGCGCUGUGACAUUUUGGCUGCGUACUUUGUAGUACAGUGAGAUUGCUUGAACCUGAGCUCACCGCUGCCGGUGUGAGAAUUCAUUGAAUGAAGCAGCUCUUCGGAAGUGGUUUGGUGGUACGUGAAAGGUACAUUAACUGUGAUUAAGGCGUGGUGACAGUUAUAAAGCUAUAAACACGCAGGAGUCAAGUAAUUACGCACAGGCUGAACGGUGGUGAAUGCAGCAAACUCGAGCAUAGUUUUAUCUCGAAAGUGGAAUUUACGAAACGAGCUACAUAGAUCUCGGCGUGUAAUUGUAUGCCCGUGUGCCAACUGAUCCUGGCUGGCAACAAGUGUACGGAAUUGGGAAAACCCCUUCGAUCUAGAUCUCGAUUCCCAUGCUCCGAAGGCAAUUGUUGUCGGGGUGAGAAUUGGAAUUCACACCUGGCCGGCGCGGGCGAGGAAACAAAAUAACCAUAAAAAACGAAACAAAGUGCGUUUAAUGUGAGUGCAAUACCGGCGAAGUGGAGUGUAGUUGCAGGCAGCUAGCUGAAAGUUCAUUCAUUGCAGCAGUGAAGUGUAGUGUGAACGGUUGGUGGUAAGCCGAUCGUAGGAGGUCAACAACAAAAAAAAUGCGGAACGUCUGGAUCGUGGUGGCGAGCGCUUUGCUGGCGUUCGCCAACUUUGUCAAAUCGCAGGAGACGUCUCGGAACCUGUACAGCUCUAGAUACGACAACCUGGACAUCGAUACAAUUCUAUCCAGUAAUCGGCUGGUGAAUAACUACGUCGACUGUUUGCUUAGUAGGAAACCUUGUCCACCGGAGGGAAAGGAUUUGAAGCGAAUCCUCCCGGAAGCCCUCCGCACGAAAUGUGGCCGUUGUUCAGCGACACAGAAGGAGAAUGCAAUCAAAAUCAUCACCACUCUGUACAACAACUACCCGGUGCAGUAUCAGGCCCUCCGCGAACGCUGGGAUCCGUCGGGCGAGUAUCACCGGCGCCUGGAGGAAUAUAUCCGAGGACUCCAGUUCAAUCAGAUCGGUAGUAAUGGUGGAAAUGGUGUCAGUCCCCCCGAUCGUCCGGUAAGAAACGAUUUCGACCGGGAUCAGUCGCAGAUUCUGCUGCAGACACUGCUCCUGUCGUCAACGACGGUAGCUCCGACGGUUCCGAGUCCGAAUGCGAUCCCCAGUGGACCCGAGCAACGACCCCAAUUGGCACAGACACAGAUAACACAACCGGUAGCACUUGUUUCAAUUACUUCUACUACUACCACAACCACCAGUACAACUAGUACUGCAGCUACUCCUCCUCCUACUACUAUACUUACUCCCACCACCACUACUACAACUUCAACUACUACUACCUUGCCCACUACCACCACUGGUUCUGGUACCACUAGCAGCAGUAGUAAUAGCAAUAGUAGUAGUAGUAAUAGUAGCAAUAACGAUGGUAAUCCAGUGGAAUCUAGUACUGCUGCUGCGACAACCGCUACUAGCUCGACGCUAGUGGAUUCCCCCGCAGUGGAUACGCUCCCAUCAACGGUAUUCAAUCCUCAAGCACUCCAGUCGUCACAGCAACAGCAAAUCGCGUCCAACAUCAACACACUCACGCAAGCACUUCCAAGCCAGGCCGUUGCGGCGAGCGGUAGUCAAAAUUUCCAAUCUAUAAUCAGUUCUGAUCCGAGCAUGAAUCAAAAUUUGUUCCUUCAAUCGGGCCCAACAACAACAACAGCAGCACUGGCAAGCAGGCCAGAUACGCCAGCAACGACGGCCCGGACAACCACGAAUCCACGACUCAUCCUCAGACCGGUUGCCGCCGGUUUGAACUUCAACACCGACACGCUUCCGACGGCGGGAACCGUUUCCAACCGGUUUGGUGACGAUGAUGAUAAUGGCGACGGUAACAGUGUGCCGAUGUCGUCGGUGAGACCCACAGCUCCAAAUCCAAUCACGGCGAGACCACAGCCACAAUCGACUACGAAGCCAGUGGUCAGACAAACUACAUCUCGGAUGGUGACUCAGCGGACCACAACAAGAUUUAUCCAACCGGCACCAGCAGUAGUUCCGCUCCGUCCGAUACCGGUUCAGGGUCAGGUUCAGGUUCAGGUACUAGCACAGCGUCCCCCAUCGCCGUUGGUGCCACCGCAAGCACAAGCACAACCCCGACCACAGCAACCCCAAACUCAGCCAUCCGUUGCCGUUGUUGCCAGCAGCAGCGGCAUGACAACCCCGAAUAAUGUUAUCGAUAACUUUUUUAUUCCACCCGGCCAGGGCGGAGGACCGGCAAACCCAAACGGAAGUCCCUUCGUGGGACUGUUCAAUCAGCUCGGAACCAAGUUGGCUACGACGGCGGACGCAAUCGCCGGGAUGCUGCGGAAGACGGUGGACGUGAUUGUGUCAUCGCAUCUGCAGGCCCACCAGCGGGCACUGAGAAGUUAUAACUGAAGGAAGGAAGGAAGGAAGCAGGGUGGUGCCUUGGUCUUGCCGUUUUAGGCAUUUUCGGGGAAUGCGUAUGGAAUUCCGUGUUGUUCGACGGAUGGCAGCAGCAAGUGUUAGUAACUUAUAUACAUAUUCUGAUUAGGACGUUAAGAUUUUACCGUAUUUGAUAAGGCUUUUAUUGCAAAGAAAACUCCUCAGCAGCGUAUGAAGAAGUCGGGGCAAACAGAUAGCAAGUUUAGACAAUUGCCGAAAAGAUUUUAUGGGAAUUUGAACUUAAAUUUCUUCCGGGGAAAUUAGGUGUCAGAAAGGUGAUUUUAGAAAAAUUUAAGAAAACGUUGAAGGACGGCAAUUGAACUACUUCAGGUUCGAAAAAAAAAACAGGUCGAUGAUUGUGAAUGUAUGACGUGAAGGAAAGCAGCAUGAAUAAAUGUUACAAUAUUAUUCCAAUAAACACAAUAUUAUGAUUCGA